AAGAGCAUUUGGACACGAGGCGCGCAGAUCGUUCCCACAAACUCGAUGGUUCGCUCUGUAGCCCACCUCUCGGCAGCGAUCGCGCUGGCUGUUGCGUCCGCAGAAGGCGACGUUGUGCCAACAGCUUCAACGUUUCGCGUGCCGUCGACAAGCAAGGCAUUCUGGGCCGAGACGUUCCAGAACACGACGCUCUUUGACGAGACAUCGUCGUGGGUGAAGAGCCACAACAAAAAGUACCGCGAGCAAAAGGUCUCGAUUCAGGAAGGUCCGCGCCUCCUCGGCGCCUUUGCGCAGGACAAGGCGCUCUUGAUGGAAGCGAAAGCGCAGCAUUAUGGCUUUGGCGCCAAGCUUCCGUCGCCGUUCCAGCUCGACGAGUCCAAGAGCGCACUCGUCGUGCAGUACGAAGUCAAGUACCGCGACGGCGUCAACUGCGCCGGUAGUUACCUCAAGCUGCUCCGCGAACCCGCUGACCUCGACUCGCUCGAUGAAAAGUCGCCGUUCAGCAUCAUGUUUGGGCCCGACCGGUGCGACAAGACCAACAAAGUGCACUUUAUCUUCAACCACAAGAACCCGUUGACGCACAUGUACGAAGAGAAGCACCUCGAGAUCUCGCCGCCCGCCAAGACCGAAGACAAGCUCAGCCAUGUGUACACGCUCGCAGUCCACGACGACAAUACAUUCGAGGUGUACGCCGAUCUGGUCGCGAUCAAGAAAGGCAGUCUUCUCACGCAUUUCAAGCCCGCGGUCAACCCACCAAAGGAAAUCGACGACCCGUCCGACGUCCGCCCCUCCACGUACGAAGAGACCGAGUUCAUCCCAGACCCCGCGGCGCAAAAGCCGGAAGACUGGGACGAAGACGCGCCCAAGACGAUUCCCAAUCCCAAGAUCACCAAACCCGACGACUGGGACGACGCGGAGAAAGGCCCAUGGAAGCAAUCGAUGAUGUCCAAUCCGGCGUACCGAGGCAAAUGGACGCCUCCGAUGAUCGAGAAUCCCGACUACUUGGGCGAGUGGGAGCCCCGAAAGAUUCCCAACCCAGACUACUACGAAGACGCGCACCCGGCCCGCAUGGAACCGAUCGGCGCGGUGGCACUCGAGGUCUGGAGCAUGGCCACCAACAUCCAGAUCGACAAUCUUUGGCUCGGCCACGAUCUCCAAGACGCUUUUGACUUUGCGCGCGGAACGUGGGCGCCCAAACAAAAGGCCGAAGAGCUUGCGAUUGAGAUGGAGCCGGCGCCCAAGCCCAAGGAGCGACCGGCGCGCAAAAAAUAUGAGCCAACGUAUUUUGAGAUCGCCAAAGGUUACGCGGCCCGAGGGGGCGAGUACGUUCAAACGUACCCGCUCAUGUCGGCCGUGGGGACUGUCUUUGCCCUGCUCCUCCUUGCGUUCGUGCGUGGUCUGCGCCAAGAUUGGGCCGACGAGCGUCGCCACGAGGAAGCGGAGAAAGAGAUCCCGGAUAUUGCGGUCGACGAUGAGACCGACGUCGUGCACCUCGACGCCAAGACCGCCAAGACCCCCACGGACGCCCCCGUGCCAAAAGACACCGAAGGCCUUCGCCAGCGCCGGCCGAGCACGACCCAGCAAGCGUAAGGUGUCACGUGGUAACAAUAAUGUCUUCUCUUGUCUACA